ACCGGUAGCUUUCAUAAAGCCAACAGCGAAAAAAGUAUAAGCUUCCUUCCUCGUCAAACUCAUCGCCACAAACAAAUUAACGGCCUCUUCUUCAGCAUCCUCCUUCUUCUCUGCUUUCUCACUUCCACCUCGCAAUUUCUUCGCACGCAGCAGCUCUGUUUCGAGCCAUAACUGCAUCGACGAGUCAACGUCUUCUUGACUCACCAGAAUGAACCUGUUGUAGAGAAGAGAGAGAAAGAGGAGAUUGAGUACAUGUGAGUGUACAGUAAAGUUCACGAGAAAUUACGGAAAGUAGUUAAAGAUGGUGAUGAAAGAGAAGGAUGAAGAGCUUACCCUGUUUCUGGAGAUGCGAAGACGCGAGAUAGAGAGGGAGAAAAACAAUCUUCUCCUUAACAGUUCGGCCGAUGAACCUCAAGCUCCUUUAGGAUUAGGUAGUAAUAAUCUUUCACUGGUGUCUAAUAAGAUUACGGUGUCGUCUAUUGUACCGCCGCCGCGAAAGACUGCUACGGAGAAGUUCUUGGAUUCGGAGAAUGAUAAAUCUGACUAUGAUUGGCUUCUUACACCACCUAGAACCCCGCUUUUUACUUCCUUGGAGUUGGAAUCGCAGAAAACUGCAAUGAGUCAGAUUGGGAUGUCUAAUGCUCGUCCCACUGCUCUAAAGUCAAGGCUAAUAAAUAUCCAGGAAGAACCUGCUUCAAGGACUCAUGUAGGAUCUAAGGGAACAACUUUGCAGUCAGGACUGAACUCCACAAGUGCUGGUAAUAGGAGGUCCGCAUCAGCUGGAGGACAAAGAUCUGUGUCGAGACCUGCAACACCCACAGGACGGCCCUCUUUAUCUGCAACAGCUAAGCAUUCAAGACCGUCUACACCCACAUCACGGCCCACAUUGUCUUCUACUAAGUCUGUUGCUCCUCCAGCGAGAUCCUCAACUCCUACUAGAAUUGCUGCACGCUCUUCGACGCCAACUGCUAGACCAUCUCUUUCAGGUUCAAAGCCAGCUUCCAGAUCAGCAACACCAAUCCGCCAGUCAUCAACCCCUUCAAGUCCACCUAGUGUGGCUGCUGCUCCUGGCCAGACUUCUUCAGUGACCAAGUCAGUUCCUGCCACUCUGAAAAAUCCAGUGGCAUCACGUGGCAUUUCUCCAACAGUAAAAUCUAGGCCUUGGAAACCUGAAGAGAUUCCUGGUUUCUCUCUUGAUGCUCCACCAAAUUUAAGGACAUCAUUGCCAGAAAGACCAGCUUCAGCCACUAGGGAUAGGCCUGGAGGUCCAAGUGCUCGGCCAGCUUCGGCCUCAAGGGAUAGGCCUGGAGGUCCAAGUGCUCGGCCAGCUUCGGCCUCUAGGGAGAGGCCUGGAGGUCCAAGUGCUCGCCCAGCUUCGGCCUCAAGGGAGAGGCCAGGUGAUCCAAGUGCUCGCCCAGCUUCAGCUUCCAGGGGUAGGCCUGGAGGUCCAAGUGCUCGAUCAUCUUCUAGUGAUGCUGGUUUUAAUGGAAGACCGAGGCAACAAUCAUGCUCCCCCUCUCGAGGAAAGGCCAGUCGGAUGUCCAUUCCCACAAAGAGCAGAACACAGACCAAUGGUGGUGAUGAUGUGAACCCAGUGCAAAUGGGAACAAAGAUGGUUGAAAGAGUGGUGAACAUGAGAAAACUGGUACCACCAAAGCAAGAUGGCUCUCACUCCAGCCUCAGUAAUUCUGCUGGGAAGUCAUCCUCCCUUGAUAGCACAGGCUUUGGAAGAACUCUCUCAAAGAAAUCUCUGGAUAUGGCUUUGAGGCAUAUGGAUAUAAGGCGAAGCAUUUCAGGUAAUUUACGCCCCCUUAUGACCAACAUCCCUGCUUCCUCUAUGUACAGUGUCAGAUCAGGAGGAUCUUCAAAAGGCAGGACAGUUAGUGUUUUGGACUCCCCUCUGGCCACAAGCAGCAAUGCUAGCUCUGAACCAAGUGUCAACAAUAACUCCUAUUUUGCUGAUGGGAUAGAAAUAGAAGACAACGAAUUUGGAAGCGAGAGAGGAAAUUCCUCUCCUUCAAGUCAUCAUGGCAGGUGAUGUAUCCUUCAGGCCCAAGAUUGAGGUAAUUUUUUAUGCUAAAAAAUCAUCGCACAAGCUUCUGUACCUAUGUUUAUAAGCUCGCCUGCCACAAUCUUUAAGAGGCACAUAUUCCAUUAAGGAGCUUUAUAGUAAGAGGGCAGUCAACAUCUCUGUGAUCUAUCUGUUCGAGAGAAUGAAGGGUAUAUAUUUCCGAAACCCUUUAAUAUACUUGUGGAACAAUCCAUCGGACUUUGAUGAGUGGUUGUACUUUAUGUUUCAUCUUUUGAAUUGUUCCAACGCGACGGGAUAUUUUGUACUCCAAAUUUAAUUAAACCAGAAACCUGAAGAAUCCUUCAGCUGCCACAUUUUUCUGCA